CUCAGGGGCGCAGUCCACCAUGACAUCGCCUUGCGUCGAAGCAGGGCUAUGUCUAAGAUUUGAUGACAUUUCUCACUGGAUCAAUCUUCAAUCACCUCUCCGUACUGACAGGUGACUUCCACAUCAAAUAGCCCGCCUGGUUGUGAGUAGACCGGUGUGGCUGUGGUUAUUAGCCACUUCUAAGGUGUUUCUUGCCACACGUUGACGCAAUACCUGGACUCUUUCUGCAAUGGUCUGAGCGGCAAAAGACCCCGGUGAACCUCAUCAGAGUACAAAGUGUAUACUCUGUGGCGCUGGGAUUCGUUUUUGUGUUUGUUUUGUACGAAUCACCCUGGUUUCCACCCUUAAUAACAUGCUCUCGCUUCCAUUAUUUGAUCUUGUCCUCUGGUCCUCGAUCCCUGCCCGGAGGCCCCCCUUAAAAUAUGGAGGGAACCGGGCCUAAAAGUGGUCCAAGAACCUUUAUGAGCGAGCUUCAAACCAGCAUCCAGGCGAGAAUGCACAAAAAAGGCGACUCGUCUGCGACAUUCAUCCCUCGAGAUGCCCUAGAUGACAUCUGGACCAACGACCGCCUGGAACUUUUUAUCCAGCACAUGGAGCCUGGUUUCGAUUCAUCACACAUUCCCACUAUCAAAGGCGCCCAUUUGCAGACACUCUCAAUUUUAGUCUCCAUCCGCUGGGAUGAGUGGACACGGUUCUCCCAUAUCUUUAUACACACCUCGGGUCGGACUGAUCAGGAUAUUCCCUGCUACGACCUCGCGGCGCUCCGUGAUACCAAUUUCCUGGGGGAGGAAUGGGCAUUUAAGUUCCUCUUCGAACGAGUUAUAUUCUGGCCGAUCGAUAUUGAAGAGGGAAUGAAUAACGUGAAGCCCAAGGACUGGAGACUGCCUUUUUUAGAAGGACGAUCCGACGACCUGGGCCGAGGAGCAUACGGGAGUGUCACGAAAGAGGUCAUUCCCGCGGUACACUACCGGCCAUCCGAAGAAAGAGCGUUCUCAGGAGGUCCCAUCGGCAGGGAGGUACCGGUAGCCUGCAAACGGUUUUCGAACAGCAGCGAAUUCAAGCACGAGGCGAGAAACUUAAAGAUCCUAAAAGACAGUCUCAUUGAACAUGAUCGGAUCGUCCGUUUCUUGGCGACAGUCGAAGUUGGAAACGACUUUUACAUUUUAUACCCCCUGGCGAUGAUGGACCUGGAAAGAUUUCUCGAAGGAGGCCUGAAUAAUGGCACCGGCUUCACCAUUCCGGAGAUCCUCCGCGGUUCUUCAAAUCUUGCCAGUGCCCUUGCCUUCCUGCAUGCAGGGCUCGAAACAGACCCGCCCCGAGUCUGCUGCCACAUGGACCUCAAGCCGGCCAAUAUACUCGUGUACCCGAACCCCCAAUCUCCCUCAGUGGGAAAGUGGAAGAUCACGGAUUUUGGAAUAUCCAUGAUGACCCAAACUCAGGCGGGUCUUAUGGUGCCUACCAAUCCCGAUGGCUCUGCAUAUACAAUACAACGAUCUCCGUUGGCCCGGGGGGAAAUGCCGUACCAUCCGCCGGAAGUUCUGGACGGCGAGUUCGGGCGUAGAAGUGACGUCUGGUCGCUGGGUUGUAUCCUCGUGCGUAUAAUCGCCUUCGCACUGAAUGGGGCAAGUGGGCUGCGAGAGUUGGAUUUGAGACGACGGAAAGAUACGGAUGGAAUCACCGACUACCUCGAUGAUCAUUUUCACCGCGCCUCCCCCGGAAGGAGUUCCCGUGUUCUGAACCCACACAUCAAGGCGUGGCUGGAUGGGCUCCCUCACGCCGGGUACGACUUGCACCCCGACCUGUUGAAUGGGUGCUGUGAUUUGCUCCUGUACACGUUGAGCAUCAAGAAAGAUAGUCGUCCGCGUGCGAACGAAGUGAAGGACAUACUUCGCCAUUUGGCACUUGUCGCGGAAGGCUCUAUUAGAGGCUACAGCGUCAGAAAGGAAUCUCUGUCGUCAGUGAACACCGUCCGUACAUCCGAGGGAGAUCUGACGUCUCUAGACUCCAAAGCCACAGCCACCACUCCUCCAGACUGUGCAAGAACUCCCACCCCACUAGCGGACACCCGUUUGAUUGCCGCAGUGACAAACUCUCUCACCCAAGAUUUGGAAUUGCUUCUGUCUGAGCAGCCGACACCCGAUCUGAGCCGGCAAAUCUCUGACAAGAAAACUCCUCUGUACCUUGCCGUGGAGCAGGGAAGCCUGGACAUGGUCCAAACUCUAUUGAAGGCGCUAUUGAAGGCGGGCGCAACGGUCGACGCUCCAUCCGCAGAUAAUCAAACGGCGCUCAUGAAAGCCGCGCGAGACGGCCAUGUAGACAUUGUCUCACAGCUGCUAGUCUCCGGCGCCGAUGCUACGGCGACCUCAACAGACGGGCUGACCAGCCUGCAUUAUGCAACCUACUGCAGAACACAAGGGGCAACCCUGAUCAACUGUUUCAGAGAAUUCAAACCAGAAUUAGACUUAGACCUACCCAACUCUCAAAAUGGCGAAACGCCUCUUCUGACCCUACUGAAGAACUACGAGGGCAGUGCCCUGUGGAACGAGAAAUUUCUCGCCUUCCUAGAUGGACGUGCCGACAUAAACCGCGCUGACCGCAGGCAUGUAACCCCUUUCUCCUUUGCCGUCAGCCGUGAUUUCCACCAGGUUGUGCGUGCGCUUCUCAGGACGGGAGCAGUACCUGGGACGAUCCCUCCCAAAUCAAAGCUGUCCCAGAAGAUGAUAAAGGUCUUCAAGGAAGCGAACGUUGCUUUACCGGCUAGUCCUUCACCCGAUUUCUUUCGUUUCCUGCGCCAUUGAUGUCUCCAGCGGUGACUUUGUUCUGUAUCGGCAUAUUAUACCCAUGCUUAGGCGUUGUUUGUAUAAUCUAUUCAUAAGUGAUAGAAUAUCAUCUUCCGAC